AUGCAACUCAAUACACUUGAUACAAAAAAACCAAUUGAUUAUGAUAACUUAACAAUAAUAACACGUCCAAAACCACCGCGUCGUAGAAGAAGUGGCGUAACCUAUAUUCCAUUUCGUCCUUAUGUUAAAUGUUUAAAUAGUGUACGACUACCAUAUUCAUUUACAAAUGGACACACAGGAUGGUUCGUAAAAGGAAAACCAGAAGUUUAUUUUACCCAACAAAAUGCAAGGUGUAUUGGCACAUUGUUAGAAGAUUGUGAUAUAUCCGAUUCUAUUCGCCUGGAUAUCGAAGCUGAAUCAACGAAAUUACCGAUGAUGUGUAAACUUUGGAUAAUAGUUGACGGUGCAAUAGUAGAACGCGGAAAAGCACAUAUGGUUCAAGAUGCAGCUAUUCAAGUUCAGAUCGCUGGUCGAUCUCAGCGUAAUUUAGGAUUAAAUGAGAGCACAGUACGAAUGACAACUUAUGAUAGACGACGUCGUCAAAGUUGGCAUGAUAUUAAUGAAUAUCGUUCGAUACCCUACUAUCAAUAUACACGACCAGCAAAAAAUUGUCCUCAAACAGGUGUGCAAUGUAACAUGGAUUCAGAAAAGCCACUAUCAAUUGUAGAAGAAAUACCAGAUGAUGCUAGAUUAAAUAAAAAAGCAAAAAACAGACCACAAGAAGUUGGCAAACGAGAAAGAACAUCAAUUACAACGCAAACAGGGUGCGUAUAG